AGCGGAUGUCGAGGUUCCUGCGGGCAGCGACGCAUGCUGGCAAGACGGGCGUCGGCUUCCACGUGCAGGUCACGCUGCACCGCCUGACGACCGCGGACCCGGAGCUCAAGGAGGCCGAGGGCAUCUACGCGGUCGCGACCCGCGGCCAGCACAAGGUCAAGAGCGCCAACGCCAAGGUCGGCGCCUUCCGUAGCGACACGGCGAGUCGCCAUGCGUCCUGGACCGACGAGGUCAUGAGCCUGCACGCGACCAUGUACCGCAGUGGCAAGGCGUCCGGGUACCAGUCCAAGCUCAUGACCAUCGAGUUGGUCAAGGCCAAAGGCGACGGCCACCUCGCGACGUUCGAGCUCGACCUCGCCACGUACAUCUCGGAUAAGAACGGCAGCACGAAUGCAUGCGAUGCGACGCUGCAGGCCAAGAAGAGCUGGGGCAAUGCAACACUCAUGGUCACGAUCACGAGCAACCUCGAUACUGAGAGGCCCGUGACCGCCUCGACUACAUCGUCCGCGCUUCAUCAUGACCACGAGACGUCCGAGUGCGAAGACAGCCAGGUGUCGCCCGAGAAGCGGCGCUCGUCCACGUCGGCGUCGUCAUCACCCGACCGGCGGUUGCCAUCAACGUCGUCGCACAUCAUCACGACGAUCCCGGAAGCGACGACAACAGCGAGCAAUGAGGAGGCCAAUGCGGUCAACUUUGCGACGCAGAUCAUCAAGUACGACCGUACGACCAAGGAGCUGCAAGCGAAAAUCGAGUCGCUCUCGCAGCAGCUGUCGGCCGCCAAGGAGCAGUACAAGGUGUCGAUUCAAGACGUCCUCGAGUGGAAGACAAAGCACAGCCAGCUAGAGUCGUCACAGUCAACCCUCCAUGACGAGCUACAGAGUUUACGUGAGAAGAAGGGAAAAGCCGAGAAGGAGGUCGUCUUGCGCCGUACCGAGCUGCAAAACACGCUCGAGUCGAGCUCCCGCGUCAACGUCGUGCAGCUUGAGCGCAUUCGCCACCUCACGAGCGUCAACGAAGACUUGAAGGCCAAGGUACACGAGCUCCAGACUGCGAACGACGCCGCGCAGGCCCAACUCCGGGCGUUGCAAGCCGAGGCCAGCCCGCCACAAGAGCGCUCGUUGGCGUCGUGGACCGACGGCCAGAACCGCGAAACAACGGUGUUAGCUGCGCAGUACCAGACGGCGCCAGCAGCGAUCGCGAGCUCCCCCGACGUCAUCGCCAACACGGUCGCUGAGCAGGUCGUGCGCCUCCAGAGCGAGAACCGGUCGCUGCACGAGUCGACCGCCUCACUCCAGCGCGACGUCGAGAAUUUGGAAAACCAGCUCUUUGAACGCAGCUCGGAGCUGCAGCAUGUGCUCGAGCUGCAUGCCCAUGCGACCGCAGCGUUGACGCUCAAGACGACCGAAGUCGAACAGCUCCAAGAGGCGCUUCGUUGCGACGACACUGCGUCACGUCCGGACGGCGGCGACGACGCGCUUGUCGCGAUGCUCCGGAGCAACAUUGACGAGCUGCAAGACGAGGUCACAGCACUCCAGUUCAAAAACAAGAGCCUCCGCGAAGGCAAGUCCAAAGCCGAAGAAGAGCUGCUCAAGUGCGGUCGGCACGCCAGUACAACGUCCUCGACGAGCGCCGACGACGAGGUGCAGCACAAGGACGCCCAGAUCCUCGAGCUCUCGAGAGCUGCAGCAACGACGACAGCGCGCCUCGCGGCGCUGGACGCCGAGCUCGCGGCGCUGCGAAAAGAGCUCGCUGCCGAGAAGGCCAAGCCGCCACAAGUCGUUCAAGUCCGCGAUGUGCUCGGUGCGCACUUUCCGAGUACGAUGCCACCCCAAGACAUGGAGCGGGCGCGGGCGUCGUCGCAGCACACGGUGGCGUCCACCAACGUCGACGCCGACGUUGCGUACCUCAAGCAGCAAGUCCGGGAGCUCAAGGACGCCAAGACGUCGACCGACCACGAGCUACUGGAGACGCGCCAAGAGCUGGCGAGCGCUCUCGAGCUCCACUCGCGUAUGCAAGCCGACAGCCAGCGCCAGCUCGAUGACCUCCGGCACACCCUGGACGCGCUCGAGACUGAGAAAGCAACGACAUCGGCCGAGGUGCGGCGGCUCACGACGCGGACCGCCCAACUCGAGGGCGAGAUCGACACUUUGACGGAAAGAGUGGCGUCGGACACCCAAGAGAAGCAUGCGCUGGCCGCGUCGUUGGAAGCGCUUGCAAGCGUCAACGAAGAGGUGACGCAUGCCAAGGUCCAGGAAGCGACAGCGCAGCUGGCCAUGGCCAUCUCUGGGCUGCACGCUGAGCUGCAAGUGCUCGCAGACGACAACGAACGGCUCCAAGCCGAGCUGCGCGUCGAGGUGCAGCGCAACAGCGUCGCGAAUGAAGUGAACGCUCUCAAGACGCAGAUCCUCGAGAUGAAGCAAGAGACAAAGCAUCUGCAAUAUGAACUCUCGGAGAAGACGGCCGAACUCGAGCGCGUCGUGUCGGAUGCUGACGCGUCUGCACUGCACGAGCGGACGCUCGAGUGCUCGGCGUUGACAGCACACGUGGCGACCCUCAUGCAGCAGCUCGAGGCGUACCAGGCGGCCGGCCAAACGCAAGCGACACCGACCGCGGACCAUGUGGCGAGUCUCGAAGCCGAGCUCUCGAGCUGCCAGGCCGAGCUGCAAGCGCUGCAAGAAAAGCAUGUGAAUGCACUCAUGAAGGGCCGCGGAUCCUCGUCCAACUCGGACGACGAUGAUGACUCGGACGACGAGAACGAUGAUGGUGAUACGACGGGCAGCCGGUCGUCGGUCGUGCAGGUCGACUCGAGCACCGACGUCACGGCCACACUCGAGAGAAGGUCCGCUUCUGCGAGCGCCGACGAGCUCGCCGAGGUGCGGCGCGAGUUGGCGGUGUCCCGUCUUGAGAUCCAAGAGCUGCAACAGGAGCUCGAGAUGGCGCGUGCGUCCACGACGACGUCACCACAAGUCGCCGCCCUUGAAAUGGAGCUGCAAGCAGCAAAUGAAAUGCUGCUCGUCAAGGCGGACCGCAUUGCCACACUCGAGGCGGCGGUCGCAGCCGCGGAAAAAGAAGCAGCUGAAGCCCAGGCAAUCGAUGGCGCGUCGCUUCGACGUCGGCUCGCCGAGUUGGAAGACGAGCUACAGACGACCAAAGCUUCGCUCGCGACGGCCCUCGAUGCCGUGCACGACGGGGACUCGGACGACGACGACGACGAGACAAAUGCGACGACGCACCUUGAAACCGAGUUGACGACGGCCAAAACCACGCUGGCAACCGUGACCGCCGAGCUGGACGCCGCCAAAGCCACCAACGACGCGCUGGAAGCCAAGCUGCACCAGUCGUCAGUUGUCUCGGCCGACGAGUGGCACCAACUCAAGGCCGAGAACGAGUUUUACCAGACCGAGCUCAUUGCGACCAAGCUCAAGCUCGCGCAGCUCCAAGAGACUGUCGACGAUGUUUCGGCCGAGUUCAAAAAGACCGAGAAGGAGCUCGUGCUACUCAAGAUCCAAGGCGCAGAGGCCGCGCUCAAGACGGCCAAAGGCAAGAAAAAAUAAGACCCCGAAUAAGAUCUUAGCGCGGUGAAGUCGUGCCGUUGUAUGCA